CAAAAACAAAGAAUAAAAAUAAAAUCGAACAAAAUAAAUGAAUAAACUUAUCAUGUUAUAAAAACAUAAUCCACAGAAAUUUCGCUGAAAUAUGAUUGAUCAAUGAAGCACAUGAAUAAAUUACAAUAAAAUCGAAUUUAAGCGAAAACAUGAAUUAAUUAAAGAACAUUGAUUAAAACAAUACAACAGAAAAAACCCAAUUAAAUACCAAAACAAUGAAUCGAUGAAUGAAUUAAGUGAUUGAUAUGUAACGCAAUAUAAAUAAAUAACUAUAGCUGAAUAAACAAAAGUUUUUUGAAUAAAUUUAAUUUAAAAACUUCGUAAAAAGUGAAUUUUUUAGUUCACAGAUAUCCCAAUCAGUCCCAAGCGAUUGACAAACGCUUGAAUAGAUCUCACUGAUUGCCCAACAAAGUGCAAAACUAAUUUUCCAUUCAGUGACUCCAUUAUAUCGGAAAGAAACACCCAAACACUUCAACACACCUUGUGGAUGUAAUUCUAACAAAAGAAGAGCCUGAACAAAUACGAAUACAAACGCAGCUGUUGACCCGGAGGCGAGUGCACAAUUUGGCCCUGUCGUCGCCUGCUUAUCAGCCAUGUGCCACCGCAGCAGGGGACGCGCAAACAACACCGCCGCCAGACAGCAUUAAUAACGCAUUGACACAAGACGACGGAUUUCGGGGCUCCCGUUGGAGUUGGAGCUGGAAUUGCCGCACCCGCAAUUAAUUGAGGACUGCUAGCAUGUUGCAAGGCGUCAGCGCCAUCACCCAUGACAGCAACGAUGAUGGCCUCAAUCAAUCAUUCAUGGCUCAUGUGUCGCCUGGCGCUAGUCUUGCCCCCAAUCAGAGCCCGUCCUCCAUGCUGCAGAAUGACAAAUUCCUAACACAUGUCGCCCAUCUGCUCAACAUAACGACCGAGAAUCUUUCGAAUCUGCUCAGUUCAGACAAAGGCACCAAUGGCAGUGCCGUGGCCGCCGACUCGUCGGCCGACGACUCCCUGGCCCUGCUCACCGUGCUCACCGUCUGCUACGCCCUCAUAUUCGUGGCCGGAGUCCUGGGCAACCUGAUCACCUGCAUCGUGAUCGCUCGGAAUAACUUCAUGCACACAGCCACCAACUUCUACUUGUUCAACCUGGCGGUGUCCGACCUGAUUCUGCUGGUCUCAGGUAUUCCGCAGGAGCUGUACAAUCUGUGGUACCCGGACAUGUACCCGUUCACCGACGUCAUGUGCAUUAUGGAAAGCGUGCUCUCAGAGAUGGCUGCCAAUGCCACAGUCCUCACCAUUACCGCGUUCACCGUGGAGCGAUACAUCGCUAUCUGUCAUCCGUUUCGGCAGCACACCAUGUCGAAGCUGUCUCGCGCCAUUAAGUUUAUAUUUGCCAUUUGGCUGGCGGCCUUCCUGCUGGCCCUGCCCCAGGCCAUGCAGUUCUCCGUGGUCUACCAGAACAACGGAUACUCCUGCACGAUGGAGAACGACUUCUAUGCCCACGUGUUUGCCGUGUCCGGCUUCAUCUUCUUCUGCGGACCCAUGACGGCCAUCUGCGUGCUGUACGUCCUCAUCGGCGUGAAGCUGAAGCGGAGUCGCCUGCUGCAGUCGCUUCCGAGACGGGCCUACGACGCCAACCGUGGACUCAACGCUCAGGGACGAGUCAUCAGAAUGUUGGUAGCUGUAGCCGUCGCCUUCUUCCUCUGCUGGGCUCCCUUCCACGCACAGCGUCUGAUGGCCGUGUACGGCCUGUCGCUGAUUAACAUUGGGAUCAACCGGGACGCCUUUAACGAUUACUUCCGCAUACUUGAUUACACAUCCGGAGUGCUCUAUUUUCUGUCCACCUGCAUUAAUCCGCUGCUGUACAACAUCAUGAGCCACAAGUUUCGGGAGGCUUUCAAGAUCACGCUGACGCGCCAGUUCGCCCUGGCCAGGAACCAUCACAACCAGCAGAGCCAGCACCACCAGCACAACUACAGUGCUCUGCUGAGGCAGAACGGAUCGAUGCGGCUGCAGCCGGCCAGCUGCAACAACAACGCCCUGGAGCCGUACGGCUCCUACCGAGUGGUGCAGUUCCGAUGCCGGGACGCCAGCCACCAGCUGUCGCUGCAGGACAGCAUUCGAACCACCACCACGACAACGACGAUUAACAGCAGCAGCAUGGGCGGAGGCGGCGGCGGCGGCACCAGCAACGGACCCGGCAGACGCAUCCGCAAGCAGGACUUCUACGGCGCCGGCACAGGCAGUGCUGUGCCCCACCGCAUGCUGGCGGCCCAGGUCUCUCAGCUGUCCUCGCUGGGCGACGCCAACUCCCUGCUAGAGACCGAGGUGGUGGAUGUGGGUCGGCACUACGCCUCGGUGCGGGCAAAGCGCGCUUUAAUGGCUACCAAGAGCGGGGCGAUGCUCGUGACGCCCUCGCCCUCGGAGCAGCCAGAGAACAGCCAGCCGGCCACACGCCUCAAGCUAUCGCGGGUCAUAAGCCGUCGCGACGAAGCUGUGGCAGCGGCCACGGCUGCCACGGCUCCCUACAGUGGCAGCCACAGCCACAGCCUCCCCGACCCAGAGACCCUCCAGGCCGGAACGCCGCGCGAGUCGCGCAAGUUUCCCUGGCGAAAGCGGAGACAGAAGCGGGACGACGCGCACUCCUCCCAGUGAAGGGCGCAGGCAGAGAUGGCCGUGGCUAUGCUUAGUUAGGCAUUGUUUAGUUAGCACAAUAAACUUUCUGAUCUGUGGACGAGUCGAGCCGCUUGUGAAAAACUUUGUCCGGCUGGAAAAAGGGCUCGAAUCGUGGGCUUUGGCUUUGGCGAUUUGCAUGCAAAUUUCAUUUUGCCAAUUGGCCAUAAAAAUAAAAUCUACGACGGCGAUGGAGAAGAUGGCGACGCCUGCGGUGGCGAUGGCGGCUUCGAGUGGGCCAGACGAUUUAUGUGGGGCAUAAGCCCAGUUAAUGAGGCAUCGAAGUGACGUGACAAACUUUCUUGCCCCCGCCACAGACAGAGCCUCAUAGCCCGUCGUCGCCGCAUCUACCGCAUCCUACAGUAGUGCAGUCAUAAAUUAAGUGUUAAGUGUUAAGUGCUGAGCUACGAGUAAAUAACACGAAUAAAAAAUAAAUAAAGAAAAUGUUGCCAACGUUAC